CCCUCAAUUUUCUCGACAAUUUCACUCUACAAAUCCCCAUUUCCGCGCAGAAGAGUCUGUCUCUGCUCAGACCGGAGAAGCCCCUCGUGGUUGGUCCGUUUAUAGGGAUGUUGGUGGCGGACUCGAUGCAAAGAAAACCCAAGAGAAGAGUUGUGUGCAGGAACGGUCGUCGGGUUCCGAUGGCUAAGGAAACAUUGGGUUUUCAAUAAUUGAUGACAAGGAUGCAGAUUUUGUGGCUGAGGGGAGAAAUGAGGAGGUAAAAGAUGAAAACUUGAGCAUUGCAGACAAUACUCCGGGGGGGUUAUCAGACUCUGAUAAUGAAGGUGGUGUCUUUUCGAAGGAAAUGACUGAUAGGAGCAUAAAGCAGGCUGGUUUAGAUAAUGUAUACAGAGUUAGGGACACAAUGGGGAUCAAAAAGAAGGGGAAGAGUAAAGUUAGUUUUGUUUGCGAAGAUUGUGGACAGUCGGAGGGUCAGUGGUGGGGAAUGUGUCCCUCUUGCGGUAGCGCAGGAAAGAUGAAGCGUUUUUAUGAAGAGGAGACAAAGACGGGAACGGUUGCAGAGAAUGUAAUCAGGUCUUGGCUCCCACUGAAGACAGAGGACUCCAAACCAGUUAGGUUGACAGAUGUGAUGUCUGGAGUUAAUAAGCUUGAUUGGCGGUUCCAUUGUCACAAAUCUUACUUGCGCAUACUGAAAUGGAGGAUGUUUAUCUUGAUUCAUUGGUUUUGGCUGAUUGAUGAGAAGACCAUUGGAGAAGUCUUGAAAGUAGUAAAAUGUUUUCCUCCACUCUGCCUCUGUUUCGGUGAGGUGAUGGUUUCUUAUCCUUAUGACACAGUUUACCGGUCCGGGCCCUUUGGAAAUGAAGUUGCCAGGGUGCUUGGCGGUGGUCUUGUGCCAGGUUCACUUGUUUUGAUUGGCGGUGAUCCUGGUGUUGGCAAGAGUACCCUGUUGUUGCAGAUGGCUGCAAUAAUUGCUGAAGGGCCUGAACGUGGUCCAGUUGUAUAUGUUUCUGGUGAAGAGAGUAUUGACCAGAUUAGCAAUAGAGCUGACCGAUCUUUUUCUAUAUUCAAGUACAGAUAUUGAGGACAUAUUGGCUAAAAUUCAGCCUCUUUCACCAAGGGCUCUAAUGGUUGAUUCAAUUCAAACGGUUUAUAUAAAUGAAGUUACUGGAGGUGCUGGAAGUCUCAUGCAGUGACUUUGUUGGCUGAGUUAUGCUCUUAUGCUCUUCCUCUCCUUAUUAUAAUGUCACGUUGGACAUGUGACAAAAUCAGGAGAAAUAGCAGGGCCUCGUAUCUUGGAACAUGUUGUUGAUGUUGUCAUGUAUUUGGAAGUUGGUACCUUUUUCUUCAUUGUUAGAAAUUAUUGUAAUUCGCCUUUAUAGUUCUAUCUUUCUCAGGCAUCCAAUCCAUUUUUCAUAUGGUGCUUUAGCAAGAUCCUAAACUUAAUCAAAUUGAAAGGUUGGA